AUGUCUACACGAGCUCUGGGGAGGCAUACACGCCCCAAAAAACUUAGUCCAAAACAAAAUGUGCAAAUCUUUCGUGAGUCUGAUGUCGAUCUACAACCCGAUCUCGACGCAUCAAGGGGUGUUACCACAGUCGAGACCGGUGUUGAGAAGGCUGAGGAGAGCGAAUACCAUCUCCAGCAGGCAAUAAAUGCGGCACAAGCGGCAGUCACGGGAGGAAGAUUCAAGGAAGCACACAUUCCAACGCCGCCAACAAUAGCAAGCAAUGUCCAAUAUGAUGUCCUGUAUCCUGCACGGUUCGAGCAGCCUGCAACCUAUAUUCGAUCGUCGUCCACGGUCGAAGAUCACUGUAACGGCAGUCUGUAUUGCAUGGACGAAGCCGACGAGAUAGCGUUGCAAAAAAUCAAUCUUCAUUUGCCAAGUGAGCUGAAGCCAUGUACCGAGGACCAAUUCGAAGAAGUCAUGGGCUUUUUCGAAGAGACGGUGCACACUAAGCAGCCUUAUGCGUCCGUCGACAACGCUCCAGUAUUGCCUUUAGAAGAGUUCGAAGAGCAGUUCGAAGAGUCUGUUGCGCCGACAGUGCGAAGACUGGCUAAAUUCAUUUAUGACCACUGGAAGUCGAGAAGGCUUGAUUCCGCAAACCACAACCUGCAACCAAGUCUCAAGGACACGGACGACGCAGAUCCCUAUGUCUGUUUCAGGAGACGAGAAAUACGGCAAAUACGCAAGACACGUCAUAGAGAUGCUCAAAGUGCAGAGAAGCUGCGGCGAUUGAGGAAGGAGCUUGAAGAUGCUCGCCAUAUUAUGGCCAUGGUCAAACAACGAGAGAUCAUGAGGAGCGAAGUACUUAGCAUAGACAAACUGCUCUUCAAGCAACGUUCAGACGUCAAGGAAACCAAACGGAAACUGGGCAUAAAGGGAGAUGAUGAAGACCUCAUCAACCAAAAACCGAAGAAAAAGAUCGUGGACAGUCCGGGUCAAGGCUUGUCUCCACAAAUGCGGUUCCCCAUGUCUGGUCGUGGCGGACCUGGGGAGGAUAUGCGACUUCUAGAAGACUGGCAGGCAGAGAGAGCCAAAGCCAUCCAGAGAGAGAUCCAACAAAACGUGGAGAAACACAUAAGAUGGAACGAAGGAUUUGUGGACAAAACGAGAGCACCACUUACCCCAGUAUCUCCGAAGCUCUUUGCAUCGAAUUCUGACUUUCGACAAGCCAUGCCUGCGACCGAGUACCUACCAACCCCUCCUGCAUCAGUGGCUUCUGAAUCUCCGCCGGUAGACUCCGUAGCUGAUGUCGAUUCUCCUAGCCAUCAUCUUUCUCCUCCUUUACGUUAUGCGUCACCAGCAGGAGAUGACUCAAGUGUGCCCAUGCCUUCGUUCCGAAGGCGAGUUGGGCGUGGGGGUCGGAUCAUGUUUGAUCGGAGAAUACCUUUCCGGUCGAAAGAGGCAGACGACGACCGUGUAGCAGAGCGGUACAAAUUCGAUUCGGAUGACGAAAGAGUGGAGGAGGAUCCAACCGAUCAUCAAGUCGAGUUGAUGAAGCAGCGAGCGUUUCUCUUCUCCAGAGCCCGAGAGACAGACAGCGCUAAUACGCAAGCAUCAAGACGAGCGCUGGUUGAUGCAGCACCAUCACAAAAUGUGCAAACAGCCACCGCUUCGGUGAUUGGGCAACAAUCAUCAAAUCAGCACCAAUAA